UUGGCAAAAUCUAAUAGUCUCUUGUUCGUGUUGGGCCUGCCAGUGCGUUGUGAAGAGCAGUGCGGAGUGUUCGUCUUGUCCGAAAGCGCCGGUGAGGAGAUAGCGCAAGCGCAGUGUAUUCUGCGAAAGCUGUUCUGUUCGUCGCGGAUCCUACCGACCUUUGCUCUUGCACAGUUUGAUAGUCUCACAGAGCCGCUCAAGAAGUGCCUUUUACAUUUUCUAAGUGUCUUGCAAUUCACAUAUUUCACAAUGGCAACCUGCCGAGAAGGAUUCAUCACCCUCAAUUUUGUGCCAACCCAUGUAAUGACAUGGGGCGGUUGGAUUGAGGAUUCGCCUGAAUCGCCAUGGAAAGAAAUUAUUGUAAUGUUUCCUGGAAAUCCUGGCGUUGUUUCAUUUUACACUGAAUUAUGUGAGCAACUCUAUGAAAAGAUGAAAAUUCCCGUAUGGGUUGUUUCGCACGCUGGCCAUGAGCUACCACCUGAUGACAGGUUGAUGCCUAACGAGAACAAUAAUACUCAUUUAUAUGAUAUUAAUGGGCAGAUAAAAAACAAGAAGGAAUUUAUUCGACGAUUUGUUCCUGAAAGCUGCAAAGUUCAUCUUCUAGCACACUCAGUCGGUGGUUUCAUAGCUUUAGAGCUUUUGAAAGACGAUGAUGUAGCUGAUAAAGUACAACACUCCUAUCUCCUCUUUCCUGUGCUGGAGCACAUUGCUCAAACUGUUAACGGACGUUUUCUUCAAAAUUAUGUUUUGAGGAUUCUUUGGCUUGUUUACUUUGGCGCAGGAUUUUUCUUCAUGCUACCCAAUUUUCUUAAAGUUUUGCUUCUUUCAAUUCAUGCUAAAAUUGUUGGAAUGAGGUUGACCCCAUUGAACAAACAAUCCAUUAUGUUGCUCAUUAAUCCAAAAAUUCUGCGGUCCGUUUUCAACUUGGCUAUUGAUGAACUGUCAGUCAUAAAUGCAUUGGAAGUGGACCUUAUAAAAAAGAGGAAAGAUAAAGUUCUUGUAUACUACAGUGACCAUGACAACUGGGCACCUGUUUCUCACUAUGAGAAUCUUGUGAAAGCUGUUCCAGGAGUUAAGGCAGAAAUUUGUAAGAAAGGUAUUGAUCAUGCAUUUAUGUUGUAUAAGCCGUCAUCAUUGAUGGGAGAUGUUCUCAUAGAGAGGAUCAACAGAAACAGAGUAAAAUAGGUGAACUGUUUCCUUUUUCUUAGUUAGAGUUUAAGGAUAUAUUUGCUCAAUAAUUUAGCCUGUAUAUGUACCCCUUAAUGGGACCAAUGUCAGUGAAAACUUUUUCUUAUUUUCCAAGAAUUUGCUCAGUUUGGAGUUAGUUGGUCCUCAGACAGUGAUCAGCAUUACUUGAAUUUUUCACUCGAAACCAUGUACUUUUGUUUUGCCUUACGGGUACUUUUAAAGUAUUUAUCAGUGUUAUCUUUUACAAGUUUUUGACAUUUUAGUUUGUAUGCAAGGAUCUAAUGUGAUCUCAUGUAUUUUAUAGAUUACCUGCAAUAGGUCCCCCCAGUGGAAAUGUUACUUUAAGUUUGGAGGAGGGCUUUACCAUUUUGCUGGUAUUUUUAUGCUUUUGAUCAAUUUUUUUAGGGUAAUGCACUUUUAUAUGUGAUUUCAUCCAUGAUUUGGAAAAUAAAUAAGUCUGCUUUUACAGUAA